CACACGUGAGAUCGCGAGGAGUAGAGUUCACCUGCCGUGCUUUGUCAUGGGAUUUGAAGUAUUUGUGCCAGUGUGUACAUUGCCCUUUCUUCCCGAGCAAAUACCACCAUUGCUCAUUCAAUCCUCCGGUCCACCAAGGGCAGCACACAACAUCAAAUAAGUGGAGAAAGAGAGAGAGAGAGGUUAAGUUAAGCGCGCACUCUAGAAACUGAAAGUCAUCACCACCACCAGACUCUAGAAAUUGGAUUUAUUUUUGUAACAAAUCUUUUGAAUUGUGCACUUUGGACAUUGCUUGCAUAGAGUGAAGUACUCGGAGCCAAAUCAUUCCCGUAUGAGGACUCCUAUUCGAUUUAAAAUUUGGAACACUGAUGAGCUGAGCUACAGACCACCCGGGGACUACCACUGCCUGACGCCUGACACCAAUAUAUAUAUUUUGGGAAACUUUGGAAUAUCUCCACCAUUUUCAGCGAGGCGUCGUGGGGGUAUUAAGUGUUCGAAAAUAAUUCUUCUACUGGUUUGAGUAUAGAUCUAGACAUAAUGGAGGUGACAUUUGCAGAGGAGAUUGAGAGCGGGAGGAAAACUUUGUUGGAGAACUGUGAUAAUUUGGAGCAGAUAGCGAACUACUGCGAGGACAACUAUGUGAAGGCAAAGGACAAAAAGGUGGCUCUGCAGGAGACGAAGAACUUUACGACUCAGUCACUAGCCAGCGUGGCCUACCAGAUAAACACCCUCGCGACGAGUAUGCUUCAGAUGCUAGAUUGCACGGCCACUAAGAUCGGCGACAUGGAUUCGAACAUGAAUCAAAUCAACCUGGCAAUAGACUUAAACAAUGAGCGAAUCGCUCGACAGACUUUCAGGAGCUCCCUGUUGACACCGAAGGACCACACCCGAACCCGGAAGCUCACCAAACCUGACAACCCGCCGUCUUUCAAACAGGUGGUCAAAUACGUGUCCACACCAGUCGACUACGGAAGCCUCGAUGACGUCGGGCAUGGUUUGAAAUUCGGGCAGCCUUCCUCGUCACCCAGGGGGUCGAGAUCGGGCUCGUUGCGGAGUGUAUCAAGUGUCGGAUCGGGGAAGAACAGCUUAAGACAGAAGAGUUCGGCCAAAAAGAGCAUACGAUCACCAAUUUCAAUCCCAUCGCCAACACCUUCCACAAACUCGCUGCAACCGCCAGUAUUCACCCAAGAGAUGUAUCUGGACAACAGCUUUAAUUCUGACAACUCUGAUCGUUUACCUCCGCCACCAUCGCCACCGCCACCUCCAUCUUCCUUCCCUCCAUCUCCCCACCAAGUAUCCGAUGGCCAAGAUUCGGGUAUGAAUCCUGCAGAACAAGACAUCAAGCUGGCGUCACAACAGCCACCGAGACCAACGUCGCUGAUGCUGUCCCAAACCCCAUCUCCCCGUUCACCAAGUUCAGGUUCUGCUAAUAAUUCGAGCCAUAUGCUGAACGUUCCUGGUGACGAAAGGUCCUCGAGGAGCCCCGGUAAAACGCGGAAGGCCACGCUGAGUCGGAAGGCCAGCCGAUCUCCCCGACCAACCAGUAGACCACCACCGCCACCAUCAGAAGCACCACCAACGGCACCACCAUCAGCGUCGGGUCAUAUCAUGUCAUCAGAGGCAUCGAACCCCCUCUACUUCUCGGAAUCAGGUGCCAGUUACCCACCUCCUGCUCCGGCUCCGACACCAAGCGAUGGCCCAACGUCUCCACCAAUAAUUGGUGGAGCGCCACCACCACCACCUCCACCGCCACCCAUUGGUGGUGUAAAGUCACCAUCCAGUAGCAACCGUCAACAACAGCAAUCCAUCCCGUCGGCGGAAAAGAAACCACCAGCCCAGGCAACCAUGAACUUUGCAGAUCAACUCAAGCAACGGUUGGUGAAGCUUGAAUCGGGCAAGGAGGCUGGAGGAGAUCAAACCCUUGAAACGAGCAAGAAACGAGAUGAGCCAAACAACAAUCGUGCAGUCUACAGUCAACCGCCAUCUACGACAGCAGUUGGUCGUGGCCCUGCUACAGAUUUUAGCUCGGCAGAUGGUGAAGUACUGAAUGCAGACAGGACUGUAUUCAUCUCCCAAGAAACCCCGAAAUGGGCGCCAUCCGAGUUCUUAUGGAAAGGUGUGGCGCUCUUUGACUACACGGCGAUGAACGAGGACGAGAUGACAUUCGAGGAGGGUGACGUCAUGUACUUGACUCAUGACUUCAAGGAUGGAUGGUUGGAGGGGGUGUGUAAUGGCUACCGGGCGAUGAUACCGGGGAACUACGUCGGGCAAAUGCCAUAGCAAUGAGGACAUUCAGUCUGACGAUGAUCCUGUACGAUUCAUCUGCAGCAAUGACAAGAUAAUCAAGAAGCUUUCGAUCCGAGAGUUUUUCCACAGAUUAAUGUUUCAUUUCUUAACUGUUGCCAAUCAGAUGAUUUGAAUGGAUCUUAUAAGGGGGUUUUGGCUCUAACGAUCGACCCACGACGGAUCCAAGAACAUAGAAAAUGUAUUGUCAAAUGCCGUUUAUUACAAUGAACAACCAAGAAGUCUUUGUCGAAACAGCAGUUUCGUCCUGAGUCCCGUAACACAAUGUUUGGCGAUUAAUCGUAAGCUUGAUUUUCACGCGGGAUUAUACAUUGUAGUCAAUGCAAUCAAUCGUAAAAGAAUGUUCGACGGUGAUUGGUAAGCUUUGUGAUAUACUGUGCCCUGGGCCCCUAUCUUACAAAGAGUUACAACUGGUCCAAUCAACCACAACUACAUAAAGCAAGCAACGCCAACAUUCUAAAUGCAUGUUUGUUCAAAAUAUUUUCUAACUUUAAUGUACAUUUAUACAUGCAUGGUUUUCUUGAAAAUUCAGUG